AUGGGCGAGCGUUCGAACGGGGCGAACAGCACUCCUCACCGUCCUGUCUUCCAGCCGCAGGACGCGUACGACCCAGACCAACAGUCCAUGAUGUCGGCUUCGGCACCCUCGUCCGCGUCCCAAUCUGGGACCAAGGCCAGGAGGAAGAGAACAAGUCCCCAAGAUCAUGCCAUCCUCGAAGCUGCCUACCAGAAAAACUCCAAACCGGACAAGGCCGAACGGGCAGAAAUCGUGAGCCAGGUCAAUAUGAGCGAGAAAGAGGUCCAGAUCUGGUUUCAAAACCGUCGCCAGAAUGAUCGUCGGAGAUCGAAGCCAUUGCAACCUCACGAGCUCGUGGCCCAUCUUCACACCCGCACUGCCAGUCCCGCUCCUCUUCCGGUCAUCCCUCCUGUGGCGAGAGACCCAUCGCCGCCGUCUCACGGUCGGUCAAGCCUUUCCUUUGCGUCUCUAGACGUCAUACCACGACCUGCCUCCCGAGCGUCAAGUAUCCAUGAUCUUCUGAACCCCACGUGUUCAGCUCGGAGCGACAGCAGCCAGGAUGAGGUACAGCUUGGUAGCCAAGAGACAGCAGGACGUUCUACACCCCCGUCGAGCUUUGAAGAGCCCGGCACUGCCUCAGCCGGGGCGGCGCCCAAUACCACAGUCGAACCCAAAGUCUCGAAAGAUCAAGACGGGGUUGACAAGCCUAGCAUCGAGCCAGGUAGUGCACGAAAGAGAGGUCAUGAUGAAAUGUCCGGAACAGGCACCUCGACGCCAGGAGACAACACACAAGAGCAGAAGAUUCCACCACGAGCUAAAGAGCCCCUGUCGAGGUCGUCCAGCAUGGUGCGCUUAGCCAUGACUGUCGAUGGAGCAGUGAAAGUACGAACGGACAAUGAACCCACUCCGUCUCCAGAGAAGCCACGUAUGGCGGCACCGGUGGCUCAGAACAAGCCCAAGACUGGACUUAUGCGCAGCAAGAGUGCAAUGAGCACGAUAGAGAUCUUUCAGGAUGCCACUCAAGGCGCACAGUCGAAAGUCAGAGAACCGGGCUUCGGACGAUCGCGUGAUGCAAGAACCUGGGCUUUCUAUUGCGACAGUACUGCCAAAGACGCCUUGUCGGCGCAAGCUGAAGCUGAAAAUGCUGGGUCUGCUAUUAGCGCCAUCAACCUCAUCCGAACAAACAGUCUGAAGUCACGAUCUCAAGCACUCAGUCCAUCUCAUUCCAAGACUAACGCGCGGAUGGGGAUGGCUCGAAAGGAUGGCAAACCGAAAUUGUCCCGGGCUCAAUCCUCCUUGGGUCGUCUGCAAAGUCUUUCUGGCGACGCAGACCCAACUCUCAAGAAACCUCGAGUCGAUGGCCAUGUACACUCACCCUCGGAUGACUCGGACAAGGAGAACUGGGCCCCAGGAACUCAAUUGUCUGAACAUUCUCUUCGACGAACGGAGCCAAGUGGACGCCAGCGACCAAUUCUGCAAGAGAACGAAGAAAUUACGUUCCCUGAUGCAGCCUCUUCUCACAAGCGACGCGAGGCGGAGGUCAACGACCACCAGUCUCCAACCAAAGAGAAAGCGAAAGGUGAUGAUCUUGACUGUGUCAAGAGCCUGCUGUCAUUGAGCCAAGGCGCCUGGAGAUAG